UCUUCUAUUAAUUCUUUCCCCUUUCUUUUCCCUGUCUGCCUUUUUCGCUUUCCUCCACCUCGCCUCUUCCUCCCCCCUCUCUCCGACAGUUCCCAAUUUCUCUUCUCCCAAACCCAAACCCCAACCCCCCCGAGGGGGAAAAAAGGCCGCACGCGACGACGCGAGAAGAGAAGAGAAGGGAAGGGAAGCAGCAGACGAAAGCGAGAGAAAUCCCCCCACCCCUCCCCUCCCUCCAAACCCUAGCCUCCACGGCCACCGUCGUCUCCAGAUCUCGCUGCCGCCCGCCCCGCCUCGAUGUGACCUGGCCCUAGGGUUUGCGACGGCGCGGUGCGUUGGCGAGGGUCUUUCUCGGGCAGGAUUCGUGACGGGAGAGGGGGGCAGAGGUGGCGUCGGCGCGCGCGCACAUGAAGGACCCGGCGCACCGCACGAAGGUGGUGCUCCGGCGGCUGCCGCCGGCGAUCGGGCAGCAGGCCGUGCUGGACCAGGUCGACGCGCGCUUCGCCGGGCGGUACGACUGGGCGUGCUUCCGACCCGGCAAUGCCAGCCAAAAGAAUCAUAGGUAUUCUCGACUCUACCUUAAUUUUAAGCGCUCAGAGGACGUUGUUGAGUUUGCUGAGUUCUUCAAUGGGCAUGUGUUUGUGAAUGAAAAAGGUGCUCAAUUUAAAGCUCUUGUGGAAUAUGCACCGUCGCAACAGGUCCCCAAGUCAAAUAUCAAGAAGGAUGGCCGUGAAGGAACUAUUAUGAAAGAUCCGGAUUACUUGGAGUUUCUUGAGCUUAUUUCAAAGCCUACUGAGCAUCUGCCUAGUGCUGAAAUUCAGCUUGAAAGGAAAGAAGCUGAAAGGGCAGCUGCUGGAAAGGAAGCACCUGUUGUGACACCGCUUAUGAUAUACGUUCGUCAGCAAAGGGUGGCCAAGAGUAUGGCUCAGAGAUCUGGAAGUAGACUUGGCAGAAAACUUGCAGGUGUUGUAACUAGCAGGUCCAGUCCUUCUAAAAGGUCUUCUGAGAAGCGCAGAUCCUCCACGCAGUAUGUUGUACGAGACAGUGCUAAGGAGAAACCGACUUACAUCUUAGUGCCAAAGAGAGAGGAGCAUACACAGAGGGGAAAAAAUGUUGCUGGAACUUCAGAUGCCAUAAGUGGGGGAGCAUCUGGAUCUGCUCAAGCUGUUGAGGCUAAAAGGGACAAAAUUGUCCUUUUGAAAGGAAGAGCAAGUGUUGAUUCUAAUCAGCAGUCAUUGACCCCUGUGAAGAACGUACCACCAUCAAGUUCUAGACAAGAUCAGCGACACGAGGCCAGUGGCAGAAUAAUUAAGACUAUACUUUCAAACAAGGAAUUACGCAGUGCAAAUCCAUCUCAACAUGAGCAGGAAAGUCAUGCGUUUAACACUGAGAAGGAUAAGCGGACACCACGGGUUCUAAACUCGCGCUCCACUGUGAAAGAUCAGAUAGUUGAAAAUACUGAGAGAAGCCAUUUUGACGAGAAACCUAAUCAUCUCCAUGGCUCUGUACCGACUGGUGAGAAAAUUGAAAGGCAUGCUAGAAAUAGAGAUAGGCCUGAUCGUGGUGUAUGGGCCCCUCGGCGCUAUGACAAGUCUGCAUCUGGAGGUGGUUCACAUGCUUCAUCAUCUGAGAUCCCGCUAAUGCAGUCACAUUCUGGAGAUAAUUUCUCUCAAUUAGCAGAUGGUCAUGAUGACAGAAAAACAGAUACAAGAAGCCAUGGUGGUAGUCGCGGCGGUCCUGUCGAAAAUGGACAUAGGCAUGCCAACCGCCGUGGUCCUCCACGUGGUCCGAAGGAAACAGAAAUAUCUACUAGCACACCUGAUGGAAAGAAUUCAAAGAGGGGCACUGCCAACUAUGGUGCUCAUGAGAGACAAGUAUGGGUUCAAAAAUCUAGUUCAGGCUCGUGAGUUUGCCCAUUGACGGUACGCUAUGCUACGAUACUCUCAUCAAAGCGGGUAUUGCAAGUUGUGGAAAAGUUUUGGAUUUUGCAGCUCAGUCUUCUUUAUUAGCUGUUGAUCCUGUGAAGUAUGUUAACACAAAUGCCCAUCGAUCAAAUGCUGCUGUGAAGUGCAAUCUCAGUUUUGGCAAUCGAAGUCUCAGCUAUAGCUUAAAAGGGUGCUCGUUGAUUUUAUUCACAGAAAUAGUGAAGUAACAUAACCCGACCAGAAGGUAGCUCUCGAUCACUUUGGGUGAGAUUUGAUUUGGCCCAAGGUUGCUGUUUCUGGAGCAAUGGAUGGAGAUUUGGUUGGCACCAGUACCUCGUGACAGUGGUCACAUUUCCUAGACCCUUGGAGGUUAUACAUGACCUUGACAAUUCAUCAGAGAUGGAUGUAAAUAUCUCUAGAGAAAGAAGAGGUCUGGUUUUGAUUGCCGUUUACAGGUUAGAGGUGCCAUGUAUUUACUAAGAGAGAUAAGAUUUAUUAGACUACCCGGUUUGCUAAAUAAAGGUAAAUUUAGUUAGUAGAUUAUGAGACCCCUGUGGUCGGCUGUUGCUAUCGUGGUUUGGUGCAACAGAAAGUUACCCUAGACUGCAAAGUUGCACCUCAUUUUGGAUUGUUUCCGACUAAAUGGGAUGCAAGAUUAUUUUGACGUCUGGUGGGUGUUUUGCAGUCAUGUUUCACCAGAUUACAUGGGUUUUUUCAUGUUAAGAAUGAUAUGCAUGUACAGCAUGAAAGGAGCUUGCUGUUAUAAAUCUAAGUGAUGUUGCCUUGCGUUAA